GCUCCUUAAGGAAAAGUUGUAAUAGCCCUUGGCUAAUAUUAGACCCUUCCUUAAGGGAUUCGCAAGGACUCGCAAGGCUCUCUAAAGCCCUUGCGCUGCUAGUGCUACGAGUGGAAAGGCACCGCGAACAUGUUAACGCGUUCGCGGCUGUUAGUUUGUAGGCUACUCACGUACCCAGCCACAUCUGCAGCAGGACACUACGCGCCCACCCCUAGCGAAUCGCCCCAACGAACUUCCAGCCGCUACCCUUGUUAUUUAUCGCCCAGCGCCUUUACUUUUUUUCAAAAACUUCAGGGAGGUCAUUCAAAUACAGAGAAAACGGAACGACCUCCCUGAAGUUUUUGUAAAAAAGUUAGCUCGCUCCCCUUCCGCGACUACCUUCCGCACACAGCAAUCGACCACAGGAGCGCGCGGCAGCCCUUGGAGAUGGUUAACCAGUAUACUUCUAACCA